AUGCAAGAUACAAAAAAGAAUAUCGAGUCCCCUAGCCGUCCCAUUGCCAACGACGAGUAUACGAAAUACGAAACGGAAUACGAAGUUUAUUAUAUUCUCUGUGAUCGCCUAAUGACGAAUAAUUUCAAGGAAGAUAUUGCUAACUAUUGCGCUUCGCUGAGUAGUCCUGAACAAAUUAUAUCACCUCCGCCCACAACGGUAGCGCUGAGCACGAAGGUAACAACAAAGCGUUUGUAUACACGGGAGUCCGUCAUGCAUGACAAUGAUGCGUCUCGUGUGCCAGAGGCGGCAAUGAAUAGGUUGAAUGAUGCGAGACGUAUCCCGAAUAAGCAAACUAAUCGUCAUUCUAUAUCAGAAAAAUUACGCCAUUACGAGCGUAGAGAUAAUUUUAAAAAUUCCGACAUCGUUGAUCGACGGCAAUCUUUCCCAAAUAUACUAGAUAAGUCUGGCGUUGUCUCAGCAAGCUUACAAAUCCCGGUUCCCGUAGCCCAACCUGGUCUGGUGAAAUUCGCUGCAGGAAGUUCGCAAGACAAACAGCAGUUAAUGUUAAGUAGCGAGCAGUCAGUAAAUGAUUUAAAGGAAGUAUAUAACAAUUCACAAGGGACUCCGAAAACAGUUGCAACCACCAUAACGAGUAGUUAUGAUUACUCCGAAAUUCCAUACAUUGAAGAUACAAUAACCAGUCCAGAGCUGGAAAUUUUAAAUCAAUUACGGAUUUGACCAAUAAAGGAACAAAUAAUAAUUCUA